CUACAAAACGAUGCUAUUGGAGCCAGAUCUCUGAGGAGUGGAGAGACCAGACCAAGCAAAAAGACGAGGGAACCCAAAGGACCUUACAACCCCUACUCAUCAUCAUUCUGUAAAGAAGUAAAGAUGGAUUCUGAAGGAGAAGAGAAUCGUUCUCAACAGUUCAAUGGCAAUGCAAUUCUUGCUGACUGCAUCACUGAUGCUCACAGCCUGCUCGUAUCGGCAGCAAGAAAGAGGAGCGCCACCGAAGGUGCCCGUGGCAUGCCAGUUAACAAGAGGAAAUCUCUCCUGAUGAAGCCACGCCACUACAGCCCCAGCGAAGAGGAGGAGGAGGACCAGGAGGAGGACCUGGCAACCGCUCAGGACAAAGAUGCACCCAGGAACACUGACACUCCAGCAGACAAUGACCUCGACUGCACCAAUUUCGUCCUUUCCAAUGGGACCAAAUCUCACGGCUCACUUUCAUGGUCUGAACGUACCAGCAUAAGCUCACCUGAACCUUCCCAAAACGAACUAGAUGAGAAAUGGCUUGAUCAAGACCUGGGUGAAAAAAGCCCAGAAAAAGACACUGACAGGGAGGAAGAUGGAUGGGUUAGCCCUCGCCAUCUGAGCAUGCCUGAUGGCAUUUGCCGGAGCCCUAACUGUACUACUGAUGAUACCCGACCCGGGAGGAAUCUGGGACUUCAGUUACCCAUGUACAUAAACCAUGGAGCCAGCAGACUCCUGAUAGACGAUUUCUCCUACUCUCAGGAGGUUACUAGCGAUAACGAGGAUGAGGUCCAGGUCCCCAGGUUGGAUGAGCGGCUCGGAGGCUGGACACUGGGUAUAAACAUGGAGCGGGCACGGCUCAGUCUGGGCCUCCUGGAGCAGGCCAUGCACAGGCAGCUCCUCCAUGGUGCCUACAGGGAAAUGGACCGCUUCCUGUUGGAGCGGGUCAACCACGAACAGAGGCAGAUGGAUGCCCGCACUGUCUACCACAGCAGCAAAGAUUCACUAAGGGCGGACAAGAAAGACAUCAAGUGUCCGACCCCAGGGUGUGAUGGAACAGGUCAUGUGACUGGCCUGUACCCCCACCACAGGAGCUUAUCCGGCUGUCCACACAAAGUCCGAGUCCCUCCUGAAAUUCUAGCCAUGCAUGAAAACGUGCUGAAGUGUCCGACACCAGGAUGCAGUGGAAGAGGCCACGUCAACAGUAACCGCAGCACUCAUCGGAGUCUUUCAGGUUGCCCAAUUGCUGCAGCAGAGAAAGGUUCAAAGCCUCAGGAUGAACCGUCCAAAUGCAGACAGACUCCAGAGAAGACAGCAAGACCUUUAGUCCAGAUGAAGAAGUUUGACUUUGGUCAGCUCGCAUACCGAUUUGCCCAUCCUGUAGCAGCUCUGCAGGCUGGCAUGGCCAAAGAUUUGGAGAAGUACAGCAAAGGCCAUUUUGACCUCGCCAGUUUCGACGCUCAGGUGUUUGGCAAGCAAGCCCAGAUGUUACCCGAUCAGAACCAAGAGGCCUCACUCCUUCCUGAUUCCCCCCCACAAUUCCCAUGUUUCCUGGGUGCAGGAAGUCGAGUGCCCCGACCCGACGGACAAAGCCCAAGCCACCCGAGAUCCCCAGGAAGCGCCCUCCAGUCAUGCACAGCGUCCAGCGCCAUCCUCAACCUCUCCACCCGUUACCGGGACAACAGCGAUGCCCGGGUGCUGGCACCCUUCACAAAGGACUCAGUGAUUGAAGUAGAUGAAAAUGGUACUCUGGAUCUAAGCAUGAAGAAAAAGAAAGAAAAGAGUACAGACUCUCCAACCAUGCCAGCAUUAGGAGAAGCUUUGUUUACUCCUUCUGAACCCUUCAUAGCUAAAAUGGGGGGCCUUCAAAUACCCACCGCCUUCUACAGAUCUGUGUAUGAGCAGGAAGGAUGGGACGCACCUCUCAAUUUCAGCAAAGCACCACUUCAGCAGGAAAAAGAGAUGGAACAGCUGGAUCGGAUGCUGCUUGAGGACAAAGUGUUUGCCGGAGACACAAGCCUGACCAGUCCAAAGAACAAAAUGCUUAUAAGAGACAUGAAAAAAGAGCUGAUGAGCUGUCCAACACCUGGUUGCGACGGGAGCGGCCAUGUGACGGGAAAUUAUGCAUCACACAGAAGUGUAUCUGGAUGUCCGUUAGCAGACAAAACCCUCAAAUCACUGAUGGCUGCCAAUGCACAGGAACUAAAGUGCCCGACUCCUGGAUGUGAUGGCUCAGGUCAUGUUACAGGAAACUAUGCAUCCCAUAGGAGUUUGUCAGGAUGCCCUCGUGCCAGGAAGGGUAACCUGAAGCUCACACCUAGUAAAGAGGAGAAAGAAGACCCAGACAUCAAGUGCCCAGUAGCUGGUUGUGAUGGGCAGGGUCAUGUGUCAGGGAAAUACACAUCACAUUGGAGUGCUGGCACCUGCCCCAUUGCCGCAAAGCAACAAAGGCAGCUGAAUGGCAUUGCCUUCACCGGGAAGAACUGCAAGCAGGAACUGCCACACUGCCCCCUGCCAGGCUGCAACGGCCUGGGCCACGCCAACAAUGUGUUCGCUACACAUAGAAGUUUGUCAGGUUGCCCUCUAAAUGCACAGAGCAUUAAAAGGAAGCUGUCAGGAGACGAGAUGAUGACCAUCAAAUUAAAAACCAGCAGUGGAAUUGAAGGCGGUGAGGACAUGCAGCAUUUGGAUCAUGAAAUUAAGGAGCUGAACAAGUCGAAUUUGAAAAUAGAAGCUGACAUGAUGCAACUUCAGACACAGAUCUCAUCGAUGGAGUGCAACCUGAAGACCAUCGAAGAGGAAAACAAGAUGAUCGAGCAGCACAACGACAGUUUGCUGAAGGAGCUGGCACGCCUCAGCCAAGCCCUCAUUAACAGCCUUACUGACAUCCAGCUCCCACAAAUGGGUCCAAUCAAUGAGCAGAAUUUCGAAACCUAUGUGAAGACUUUGACCGAUAUGUACAACACCUCCGAGCGAGAGUAUUCACCGGAGUGCAAGGCCUUACUGGACAGCAUCAGACAGGCCAUUAAGGGCAUCCAUGUAGAAACAGUCUGCUCACCAUGAACUACUAAACUCACACUUGAGCAAUAUCUCUGCACUGCUUGCUCUUUUUAUUUAUUUUAUAUAUUUAUUUAUUGA